AUGGCCUGUGUCAACCGCUAGGUGCUGUGUCGCUGGCGGCUGCGUGGGAUAUUCCCCGCACACCGGGACACGAGAUUGCAACGAACCGACAACAACAAGAAGCUUGCCCACCCGUGGAGGCGGCUUUUGGCUGAAGCACUGCUCUGAUUGAAGCAGAUAGGAAUAUUCUCCCGCCCAAUCAUCACCAUGUCGCAUGAACGCAGCCCGCCACCACCCCCCCGGACCGAGGGUUUUACCCCCUCGACAUCCACCUCUCAACAGUUCGCGAAAUCGCACUCGGCCUUGACGGGAGCGCAUGUGCCUCUCACUCUCCUAGAACAGCUAUGCGUGGGAAGGUCCGACUCGUCUUUUAAUGCUCUGGCGGGAGCGGCGGGCGGGUUCACAUCCGGCGUGGUUACUUGUCCACUGGAUGUGAUCAAGACAAAGUUACAGGCCCAAGGGGGCUUUAGAGCACAACAAGCACACAAUGGUGAAACUCCGGCGAAGUUGGUGUAUAGAGGAAUGUUAGGUACGGCUAGAGUCAUCUGGCUAGAAGAUGGUAUUCGAGGAAUGUAUCGAGGACUCGGUCCUAUGAUACUGGGCUACCUACCGACGUGGGCUGUCUGGUUUACGGUGUAUGGGAGAGCGAAAAAUUUCUUCUUUCAGUAUCAUGAUAACCCAAACGUCGUCAAUUUCUUGUCCUCCAUUAUAGCUGGAGGUUCCUCGACUAUGGUCACCAACCCUAUAUGGGUCAUCAAGACUCGUUUGAUGUCACAAAUCAGCAGCACAUCCAAGAACGGACAUCCGAAGACUCCCUGGCAGUACACAUCGACCCUCGAUGCUGCGAGAAAGAUGUAUAAAACCGAAGGAAUCCUCUCUUUCUACUCCGGAUUGACCCCGGCCCUCCUCGGUUUAACGCAUGUCGCCGUACAGUUUCCGGCGUACGAAUUUCUGAGGAGGAAGUUCACAGGUAAAGGGAUGGGCGUGACAGCGGAAGGAGAUACAAAGUCUCAUUUCGCUGGCGUAUUAUCUGCAAGCGUGCUCAGCAAAAUUUUGGCUAGCUCUGCUACAUAUCCUCACGAAGUUAUUCGGACAAGGCUGCAGACACAGCAAAGAUCGGCGCCAUCAGCUUCUGUGGAAUAUGCCGCUUUUCGGGGCGGGCUCGAGGGAUCGGAACACACGCCAGGGACAAUCGUUACCAAGGCGAACGCAGUAACACCGCGGUAUAGAGGAAUUGUUACGACUUUCAAGACCAUCUUGCGAGAAGAGGGGUGGCGAGCUUUCUAUGCUGGUAUGGGCACUAACAUGAUGCGAGCCGUGCCAGCAGCUGCAACGACCAUGCUCACAUAUGAAAUUAUUAUAAGACAACUCAAUAGUGCCAGAGCGUCAGGGAUGCAAAAGUCGACGACUGAAUGGUGAAGCUUAAGUGGAUUUGAGGGACAGGAGUACUGUGGAUGAUGCUUAUAGACAGAGAUCCUUAGGGUGUUUGGUCCGCCGCAAGUGUCGGCUUAGAUGGCACGGGCAGAUGGGAGAUACUUUUGUAUUCUACGGCUUUCCUUUUGGAGUCGGGCGUUUGGCCAAAUUUAGUCAGGGCCAUAUUUGAAGCCAUGAAACUCGGGCCUGUUGGUUCAUGGGAUAUGUUACAGAUCUUUCAUAGCGCUUGUUGA